AUGCGUAUCACGGUAUGGAACAUCAACGGUCUGCGGACGCUCAAAGGCUACCAACCAUGGUACAGGCUCCCCGACUGGGAAGCAUGUCUCGAGCACCUCGGUGCCGACAUCGCCUGCUUCCAGGAGAUCAAAAUGACCCGAAAGCAACUCACAGAACCCAUAUGUAUCCUUCCCUCCUAUAAUGCCUUCUUCAACUUCCACCCAAGCAAAGGAUACUCCGGCACAGUCACCUAUGUCCGCAAAAACGUCUCGAUCCCCCUCAAAGCCGAACAAGGCAUCACAGGCCGCUUACCUGUCACCAGCGUCUCUUCCAACCCCUCAAUACCGGAUAAUCCCAUCGGUUGUGUUCCAACAGAUACCCACGACGAUGUCGAUCCACAGACUUGGAACGCACUUGACGAAGAAGGUCGUUGUGUUGUGCUCGAUCUUGGCCUCUUCGUUCUUUUCAACGUCUACUGUCCCAACGAAACAGGUCCUGAACGACUCAAAUACAAAAUGACCUAUUACCAAUGCUUAGCCGAACGAGCCCAUCGUCUCAUCCAAUCAGGCCGCCAAGUUAUGAUUGUCGGAGAUAUGAAUAUCAUUCGCGACCCAAUCGACCACUGCGAUCCGGAACAAAGCAUGAAAGAACAUGGUUGGGAACAUUUCCAUCAACAUCCUGCUCGGUCUUGGUUUCAGUCCUUCCUGGCACCUCAAGGCAAAUUUCAUGAUGUAGGGAGGAUGUAUCACCCGGACAGGAGGAAAAUGUUCACUUGUUGGAACACGUUGAUUGAUGCUAGACCCGCUAAUUAUGGUGUGAGGUUGGAUUAUACCUUGGUGACGGAGGGGUUGUUGCCUUGGAUUAAGGGGGCGGAUAUUCAGGCGGACGUGUAUGGGAGCGAUCAUUGUCCGGUCUAUGUGGAUCUGUUUGAUGAGAGAGAGGUGGAUGGGAAGACGGUAAAGUUGAAGGAUCUGAUGCAUGGUGGAGUGGGGAGGUUGCCGCCUGCGCUAGCGGCUUGUCAUUAUGAUGAGUUUUCGGGGAAGCAGAGGAAGUUGGCGUCUUUCUUUGGGGCGAGUAAGAAGAGUGCGCCUGUCAGGAAGGAGAAUUAUGGGGCUGAUACCGCGCCUGCAACACAGUCAAUCAGUUCUGGAGGUGCGAGUUCAACCGACGCUUCUCAAAUCGACAUCAAGGACAGCAUGGGAGAUGCUGCAGCACCUUCAAUACCAAGGAUCGGGGCGGGAUCAGACAGGAAGGAAAGCUCGCUGGCAGACGCACUCUUCUCUUUACCCUCACAGCAAGAAGGCAUCAGCGUUGAGGUAGCUCCGGGCGCAUCUGACCCGAGUGCAGGAAGCAGUUCCACUGCUGCAGUGACACAAUCACCGUCCAAGAUCGAAAGCUCCAAGAUCGAAGUAGCUCCGUCCGCAUGGGCAUCCUCCGCAGCGACUGCUCCACAACCUUGCUCACUUCUGAAAGCACCUGCAAGCCAGUCAUCGCCAAACGCCAAGCGCAACGGCACCUCACCAAAGAGAUCACCUGCAGUCACAAAAGGCAAGGAGACGAGCAAAGGGAAGAGCGCUGCAAGUCUCAAAGGUCAGACAAGCUUGAAAGGUUUCUUUGCCAAGCCCACCAGCUCGUCGACCGCAACGCCAACAGCCUCCUCCACGAAGACCAGUAUCGAUCUCGCCGAGGCUAACGAGCCUCCGUCUCAGCCGAAAUCCAUAGAGAUUACCAUUGUCACAGAUUCCCAUCAACUGGAGGCCCACCCCUCUUAUAGCCAGCAGGGGGAAGAAGAAGUCUCGAACCAAGACUUGAUCGAAUCAGCCACCGAGUCGCAAGCACCGGAAGAAUCAGCAGCAAAGCGAGUCGGCGCCUUCUUGACCUGGGGAGCCAUCUUCUCCCCCACCCCCGCCCCUCUGUGUCGUAACCACUCGGAAGCUUGUCGAGCAUGGACGGUGAACAAACCAGGUCCUAAUCACGGUCGCAAGUUCUGGCUGUGUUCGCGUCCGGUUGGACCUGGAUACGAGAAGAGUGGGAGGGCAAAGGGCGAUGUUAAUCCCGAGUAUAGAUGCAACUUUUUCCUGUGGGACAGUGAUUUGAGGGGGAAGAAGAAGGGACAUGCUAGGAAUGGGAGCGGUGGGAGUGGAGGCGAGGAGAAGGAAGGAAAGUCCUUUGCGGAAGUGGGAAGGGAGAGAGAACAGAUCAAGAAGAGAGGGAGCGUUGAGGGAGGCGGAGGAAAGGAGCAAGAGAGAGAAGAAUUAGGAGGGGUUUGGGGCCCGCAUAAGCGUGUUAAGACUGAUAGCUAG